AUGGAGGACAUGCUCGCGGGCAGCAACGUUGACCUGGCUGACAACGAUGGAGGGGAGUGGUACAGCGCUGAGGAGCAGCUCGCGCAGCCCCUGCUGGCCAUCUACUGGUCGCUCUGGGAGUGCGGGGGCGGCAUGGUGGCCGACGGGCGCCUGCUGGACCUGAUCCGCCGCAUCUACUGCUUCGGCAUGAGCCUGCUGAAGCUGGACGUGCGGCAGGAGUCGACGCGCCACAGGGACGCGGUGGACGCCAUCACCACAUACCUGGGUUACGGAAGCUUCAAGGAGUGGGACGAGGACAGGAAGAUCGAGUGGCUCACGGAGGAGCUCGCCACCAAGAGGCCGCUCAUCCCCGCAGACAUGCCCAUGACGGACGAGGUGCGCGAGGUGCUCGAGACGUUCCGCGUGGCUGCGCGCCUGGGCAGCGCCAGCCUGGGGGCCUACGUCAUCAGCAUGGCCCAAAAGGCCAGCGACGUGCUGGCGGUGGAGCUGCUGCAGAAGGAGGCGCGCGGCCAGGUCGCUGCGGAGACGGGCACGCGGCCCGACGCGUCGCGCAGCCUGAGGGUGGUGCCCCUCUUUGAGACGCUGGACGACCUCGACGCGGCCGGGGAGGAGCUGAUCACGACACCACCCGCCGCGCUGCCGUCAUCCUGGCCCCGCGACCGCAGGUGA